UAACCACUGCAGUACCCAAGACAGGCCUUAUAAGUAUCCGUAAUCGCAGUGACGGCUUUGUUCUUCUUGUUAUUGAUUUGCGCACCCGUACUUCGUACAUCUUCCAGUCCCGACAUCGGAUGAAUGAGUCAUCUACACUAGUAGGGUGUGCGGCGCCUGACAAUGCGGGGCAGCUCAGACGAGUACCGUACCUUAUUCUCAUUGAAUUGACUUUUUUUUUUUUGGACCUCUCAACGUUACCCCUCCUAUAACCGCACCAGUUUAACCUCUACUCUGUAUACUAUCCUCAAAGUAGAGCGUCCCUCACAACAACAAUGCCGCAAUCCGCCCUCCUCCUCGGCUCCGGCUUCGUCGCCGCGCCUACCGUUGAAUUCCUCGCCAAUGCCGGCAUUCACCAGACCGUUGCCUGCCGUACCCUGGCCUCGGCCCAGAAGCUUGCCGGCAACUUUCCCAACACCAAGGCCAUCAGCCUCGACGUGAAUGAUACGACCGCUCUCGAGGAGGCAGUCGCCCGACACGACGUCACAAUCUCGCUGAUCCCCUACAUACACCAUGCUACCGUGAUAAAGGCGGCUAUCAAGGCGAAGAAGCAUGUCGUUACUACGUCGUACGUGUCGCCGGCGAUGCAGGCUCUCGACGAGGAGGCCAAGGCCGCUGGUAUUACGGUUAUGAACGAGAUCGGGCUUGAUCCUGGUAUCGACCACCUGUACGCCGUAGAUGUGAUCGAUCGCGUCCACAAGGCAGGAGGCUCUAUCCGCGUCUUCAAGAGCUUUUGCGGCGGUUUGCCCGCACCAGAGAACUCGGAUAACCCGCUAGGGUACAAGUUCAGCUGGAGUAGCCGUGGCGUUCUGUUGGCGUUGAAGAACAACGCGAGGUACGUGGAGAACGGCCAAGUGGUGGACGUGAAGGGCGAGGACCUCAUGGGCACUGCGAAGCCGUAUCCCACCGGCUUUCUGGGUUUCAACUUCGUCGCCUAUGGAAACCGUGAUAGCAGUGGCUAUCUAGAACGGUACCACAUCCCCGAGGCGCAGACAGUGAUCCGUGGCACCCUCCGUUAUGCUGGCUUCCCAGAGUUCGUCAAGGUUCUCGUUGACAUCGGCUUCCUUCGUGACGAGGAGCAGGACUUCCUGAAGGAGCCGAUCGCUUGGAAGGAAGCCACGAAGCAGAUCAUCGGCGCCAGCUCACCGAAUGAGAGUGAUCUGGUGGCGGCCGUUUCAUCCAAGACAGCAUUCAAGAGCGAGGACGAAAAGAACCAGUUGGUGUCGGGUCUCAAGUGGCUCGGUCUCUUUUCGGACACCAAGAUCACACCAAGAGGGAACCCGUUGGACACGCUGUGUGCUACUCUUGAGCAAAAGAUGGCUUACGAGGAGAGCGAGCGUGAUUUGGUGUUCCUCCAACAUUAUUUCGAGAUCGAGAACAAGGACGGUAGCAGGGAUGUCUUGACUUCUACUCUCUGCGAAUACGGCGCUCCCGUUGGAUCCGGCGGUUACACAGCGAUGGCGAAGCUUGUUGGCGUUCCUUGCGGAGUAGCUGUCAAGCAAGUCCUCAAUGGCACAAUUUCAGAGAGAGGCAUCCUCGCGCCGAUGCAUCCUAGCCUCAACAAUCCCCUGAUGAAGGAGCUGAAGGAUAACCAUGGAAUCGAAUGCAAGGAGAAGCUACUGAAGUAGAUGAGAGGCAACGAAUGGGGCGGACAGGGAACGCGUUGGUAUUUGAUGUCCAUAAGUACAUGUACUGAUCCCCCAUGGUUCUCUGGCCCACAGGCAAUGACUCUGACAUGCUGAGUCGGGGGUUCACUGGGUAUACUUGUAUACUUAGGUUUGCUCCUCUGCAACUACAUAGACUAGUAGACUGCUUGCAAUGCAGACUCCCUGUUGCUAUG